AUGCUUAGCACAGUAGCUCGUAUUUUAUGGCUCCCCUACGUGGGAAUCAAAUCAGUGGUACAGUUUUACACCACGGGAACAAUAUAUUCCGUCACCAAUCAAGAAUUUGAAGACUCCCUUUACAAAAAUGUCCAUCUCGCUAUCAUUUAUCACAUGUCCCGAGAAAUCACUAAAUUUGAAUCAAAAUAUCUCAUUCAUAAACCAAUCACAAGUAUUUUCCUGCAAUAUCGCAACAAUCCAAUUGCUCAAGGAUUAACUAACUUCGGAACUAAGUUCGAUGAUAAUGGUUAUUGGGUACACCAAAUUCCAAGUAGCCAAUCCAAAAAAGUUUUGAUAUACCUUCAUGGAGGUGGUUACCAAUUGAACAUGACCGACUCUCAAUUAUUAUGGGCUGCCACUAUGCAUUAUGCCAUUCCUAAAGAGUUGGCAAACCAGGUAUCAAUUCUUGCUGUCGAUUAUUCUCUUUCCAUGUUUGAUCAUGUCUACCCAACUCAGUUAUGGGAAACUUUAAAGGUAUAUAAGCACCUAGUUGAACUGGGAUAUAACGAGAUUCACAUCAUGGGAGAUUCCUGUGGUGCCCAUUUGGCACUCUCGGUUGCUCGUGCAAUCGCAUAUCCUGAUGAAGCAGCAGAACAAUUCUCUCACUUUCCGAAAUUCCCGUUUGAUUUCUCCCAGAGAUUACCCCAGCCAAAAUCCUUGCUUUUGGAUUCACCAUGGGUUGAACCAUGCAACAAUGUGAAACUUCCAUGUGCUCAUGGUGUAGAUACGACAGGAGAUUUGGGAUCGCCUACAUGUACAAUGGGGGAUAAUUUUAUUGGCGAUAAUUCAAAAGAAUUAAUCAACAAUUUCUUGACAUUCACAAACACAAAUUAUAACGACCAUUGGGCACAGGUUGAACCUAUAACCAAUGGGAAAACUGUUAUUCUUGUCGGUGAAAGAGAAGUUCUCCGUGAUGGAAUUGACAAAUUCCACCAUAUUAUAAAUAAAGGUGAUAACGUGGCUUAUUACGUUGAAAAAGGAGGUAUUCAUGCAGCAAUUGCAUAUGUUGAAACUUUGGAUUAUAUGAGUAAAAGUGGGGGACAAAAAGUAGUUGAUGGAAAUUUGGGGAAUAAAUUUGGUAUCACUUUGUUUGCUAAAUAUUUGCAACAAUUUGCAAGUGAAUAA